AACUAUUCGCAGUUGUGAGUUGUGAGCUUGGAGAAACGUGUGAACAUGCUGCUGUUGUGAUGUUAUAAGACUUUAAGUAACAAUUCGUGCAUAUGCUGAAAAAGAAUAAAACAGGUAAAAUCGACUUGAAGCGACGAUACGAAUAAUCUGGAAAAAAAAACAUGAAGAAGAAACUUAAACGGAGUGGGGAUGCUUCAGUGGAGCAGCAAUCAACUGACUACGUUGUGGGUCAGGUAUCGGAGAGUUUGUUUCAGGAAAACCCGUCAGGCUCUGGAUCUCUGACGGCUUUGUUCAGCACAGCUGGUGCAGUUGCACCGCUGGUGUUCCAGGCUGCACCAAAGCCUGUUCAGAAGAGCACAGAAAAAAAACAACAGCAGAAAGAUUCAGAGGUCAAAGGUCAACCAAGUCAAAACCAGAAGCCACCAAAGGACAAAUCAGCAGCUGACAAGAAGCUAGUAAACAGGGAAAGCAGUUUACAGAAAGCAGACGAGGACGAGCAAGCACUAACGACAUCUGCGAAGAGGAAGAGGAAGGCGCCGAGUCCUUGCCGAGAGAACGAUGUGGAGGACUGGGUGAUGAAAAGACAGCGGCUGAAAGCCAGAAGAGAGGAGGAGGCCUUAAAGAGGAAGAGGACGAUCUUUGUUGGCAACUUGCCCAUCAGCUGCACCAAGAAGACCCUGCGGAGCCUCUUCAAGGAUAAAGGAUCCAUUGAGACCAUCCGUUUUCGCUCUGUGGUCAGAGAGGAUCAGUCCAUGUCCCGCAAAGUAGCAGCUAUUAAACGAAAGAUUCAUCCCAAGAGGCAAAGUGUAAACGCCUACAUAGUGUUUAAAGAUGAGGAGGGAGCGGCUGGAGCUUUGGACAGGAAUGGAAUGGAGAUGGAGAAAGACGUCUACAUCCGCGUGGACAGAGUGAGGGACAGCUCAUCGCACGACCACAAACGCUCCAUCUUCGUGGGGAAUCUUUCGUUUGAGAUGAAUGAGCUGACGCUUAGACGCCAUUUUGAGGAAUGCGGCACAGUGGAGGCUGUACGACUGGUCCGGGACCAGAACUCUGGGCUGGGGAAAGGAUUCGGUUAUGUACUGUUUGAGAGCUCAGACUCUGUCCAGCUGGCGCUAAAACUGGACGGUUCCAAGGUGGACGGCCGCUCGAUCCGGGUGAAGAGAUCAGUGAAGAAAGAAAAGAGUAAAAGUGGCACUAGAGGGACCACAGGGAGGACCAGCAGGGGCCCAGGAAGGGGCCCCGCGAAGGGUCCAGUUCAAGGCUCAGGAAAGAAGUUGUUCGGUGGAAACCAGCAGAGGUCCACGUUGUUUAAAGGAGAAGUGGUGGAUCCAAAGAAGAAGACUAAAAAGCGUCAGAAGAAGAAAACAAAGCCAAAAAAGACGAUUCACAUCUGACGUCAGACCUCACACAUUUUCAAGUUCAAGUGUUGGAGCUUCUGCAGCAGUUUCCAGCAUGUUCCAGCUUCAGGGUUUGAUCAACAUGUCUGCUAGACAUGUCUGCAACAACUUUUGCCUGUAGAAGUACGAAACCUGUUACACACUUGUCUCUUGUAAACUGAUGUUUUGUGUAAUGGCGUAUUCCAAUAAACAAAUUCUCAACUUUU